UAGAUGUUGAUGUUUUGGCCCUGGUCAAUGACACGGUGGGAACCAUGAUGACUUGUGGAUAUGAUGACCAGCGCUGUGAAGUUGGACUCAUAAUUGGGACUGGCACCAACGCCUGCUACAUGGAGGAGAUGAGGCACAUCAGCCUGGUGGAGGGGGACGAGGGCAGGAUGUGCAUUAACACCGAGUGGGGCGCCUUCGGGGACGACGGGGCUUUGGAUGAUCUCCGCACGGAGUUCGAUCGGGAGCUGGAUCUGGGAUCUCUCAACCCUGGAAAACAACUGUUUGAGAAGAUGAUCAGCAGCCUGUAUUUGGGGGAACUUGUGAGACUCAUUCUCCUAAAAAUGACAAAGGAAGGUCUGCUCUUCAAUGGGAAAGUGUCAACAGCUCUGCUUACUAAGGGCAAGAUUGAAACGAAACACGUGUCUGCAAUGGAAAAGUACAAGGAAGGCCUGAGCAACACAAGAGAGAUCCUUAGAGAGCUGAAGCUGUUUCCCUCAGAGGAGGACUGUGUUGCUGUUCAGCACGUCUGCACCAUCGUCUCCUUCCGCUCGGCCAACCUGUGUGCUGCUGCCCUGGCAGCCAUCCUGACCCGCCUCAGGGACAACAAAAAGCUGCUGAGGAUGAGAACCACCGUUGGGAUUGAUGGGGGACUCUACAAAACCCACCCCAGGUACGCCAAGCGCCUGCACAAGGUACUGAGGAGGUUGGUGCCCACGUGCGACGUGCGGUUCCUGCUGUCGCAGGGCGGCAGCGGCCGCGGCGCCGCCCUGGUCACGGCGGUGGCACUCAGGCUGGCAGCCCAGCGCCGGCGCCUCGACGCCGCCCUCGCCCCCUUCCUGCUGCCCCCCAGCACCCUGCAGGAGGUGAGGGACAGCAUGAGGGCUGAGCUGGAGUAUGGGCUGAAGAGGGAGACGCAAGCCCAGGCCACGGUGAAGAUGCUGCCCACAUACGUGUGUGGGAUGCCGGAUGGAACAGAGAAAGGAAAGUUCCUUGCCCUUGACCUUGGUGGCACAAAUUUCAGGGUUCUGCUGGUCAAAAUCAAAAGCGGGAGAAGAAGAUCAGUGCAAAUGUAUAACAAAAUCUUUGCCAUUCCUUUGGAGAUCAUGCAAGGGACAGGAGAAGAGCUCUUUGACCAUAUUGUCCAGUGCAUAGCAGACUUUUUGGAUUAUAUGGGGAUUAAAGGUGCUCGGCUUCCUCUGGGCUUCACCUUCUCCUUCCCCUGCAGGCAAGCCAGCAUUGACAAGGGAACACUUGUGGGAUGGACAAAAGGAUUCAAGGCAACAGACUGUGAGGGGGAAGAUGUUGUUGAUAUGCUAAGAGAGGCCAUCAGGAGAAGAAAUGAGUUUGACUUGGACAUCGUAGCAGUGGUGAAUGACACUGUUGGGACCAUGAUGACUUGUGGCUAUGAGGACCCAAACUGUGAGAUUGGCCUUAUUGCAGGAACAGGCACCAAUGUUUGCUACAUGGAGGACAUGAAAAACAUAGAAACAGUGGAGGGGAAUGAAGGACAAAUGUGCAUUAAUACAGAAUGGGGAGCAUUUGGUGACAAUGGCUGCAUUGACCACAUCAGGACAAAAUAUGACAGAGAAGUAGAUGAAGGCUCCCUAAACCCAGGGAAACAGAGGUAUGAAAAAAUGACCAGUGGAAUGUACCUAGGUGAAAUAGUAAGGCAAAUUUUGAUUGACUUAACCAAACAAGGGCUGCUGUUCAGAGGACACAUUUCGGAAUCACUCAGGAAAAGAGGAAUAUUUGAAACAAAAUUCCUGUCUCAGAUUGAGAGUGACCGGCUGGCCCUGCUGCAGGUGCGGCGCAUCCUGCAGCAGCUGGGGCUGGACAGCACCUGUGAGGACAGCAUCAUCGUCAAGGAGGUGUGUGCAGCUGUGUCCACAAGGGCUGCCCGGCUCUGUGGGGCAGGGCUGGCUGCUGUUGUGGAGAAGAAGAGGCAGAACCGAGGUGUGGAGCGCUUGCAGAUCACUGUUGGAGUGGAUGGGACUCUGUACAAGCUCCAUCCACAUUUUUCUAGGAUCCUGCAGGAAACAGUGAAGGAGCUGGCCCCUCAGUGUGAUGUGACUUUCAUGCUUUCUGAAGAUGGAAGUGGCAAGGGAGCUGCCCUCAUUACUGCAGUUGCAAAAAGAUUGCACAACGUUGGACAGAAGUAGAAAUGAGAGGCCAAGUGACCUCAGCCCUGCCAGGCGUGUGCAGCAGGGCUUUGCUGGGUGGUGAUUCCACAAAGCUUUGCCAACACCAGCACACAGGUAGCUUUUUUGGGGGGAGCAGCUGGUUUUGACCAACCAGGAUUGUGGAUUUUUAUCCUUUGGUAGCUUGGGUCAGGUGUUUCUGCUCCCCAGCUGGAAUUACGUCUUGGCAUGGCACAGCCUACUCAGUUCUGUACUUCCUGCAGUGCAUCUCCAAUGUACGUGGGAGAGUGAAAACAAAACAAAAUCAACCCAAAUGUGUCUUUUACAACAUCUUAAUUAAGCUACUGCACCACAACUGAGUUUAUCACCAGUUUGUUAGGAUUCUGUGCUUAGUUUUGUCUUGCCUUGGCUCAAAGAAUAUUGAGAUUCUGCUGUUGCAUCUCAUCUGGUGCACAUAUUUGUUCAGUGCUUCACAGGUUUUACAAUAAAUUUGGAGGUGAAAUAAAUGAAU